GCAUGCGCCUCCCUUUAUCAACCUGCGAGGAAAAGGAUCACAAUAAUCCUUCCCCAUGAUUUGGAAUGAAGACCGCUAGGAAAAUGUCAAUCCUAAUUUUGUUUUGUAAAACGGCGUUUAUUGCGAAAUAAAAGGAUGGCGCGGGACGCUUCAGGGGAGGAACGAGGGAGCGGCCCACCCCGAUUCCUCCUCACAGAAACGAACCGCAGCGGCAGAAGCGGGAGGGGGCGCAAAGCGCCGCCGCCCGCCGCGCCUGCGUAGUAAAAAGGCGCCGGGCGCCCAGGCAGGCCCGCUCGCGCAUGCGCACUGCAGGCGGCGGCGUCGCGAGUCCCGGCCGGGGUGGAGGGAGGCGGCGCGGCCUGUGGUGGCGCGGCGGACGAGGCGCCUGUGGGGGAGCGAGCGGCGCCGGCGGCACCAUGAGCGUCGGCGGCUCGGACGGGAACGAGGAGUUCUACCAGCAGCUGAAGCUCCAGGAGCUCUACGGGAAAAAGGAAGGCGAGGGAGACGACGGCGACCCCUUCACGUACACGGACCCGGCCGACGGGACCCAGUACGAGUGGGACCGCGAGAAGAGGGCCUGGUUCCCCAAGAUCACUGAAGACUUUCUGGCAACAUAUCACGCUAACUAUGGCUUCCCCACUGAAAGUUCAGAUAAUUCAUCUGCCUCUGUUACAAAAACUGAAACUAAGCCUUCUACGGAUUCAAAGACAGCCAGAGUCCGACAGUCAGCAGAGCAAAAAGUGCCACCAGCAUCAGAUCUUAAACAAAAAGGAGAGAAAAGAAAACCUGAUGCAGGAUGGUUUCACGUUGAAGAACAGAGAAACACUAAUGUGUAUGUAACAGGUUUACCUCCAGACAUUACGAAAGAUGAGUUUGUACAAGUGAUGUCAAAAUGUGGCAUCGUUAUGCGUGAUCCUAUAACAGAAGAACCUAAAAUUAAACUUUACAAAGACAAAGAAGGAAACCUUAAAGGAGACGGGCUCUGUUGCUAUUUAAAGAGAGAAUCUGUUGAACUUGCUCUAAAACUUCUGGAUGAAAAUGAAAUUAGAGGCCACAAAUUGCAUGUGGAAAUUGCACAGUUUCAACUGAAGGGGGAGUAUGAUGCUACCAAGAAGAAAAAGAAAUGCAAAGAUUACAAGAAGAGGGUGUCUCAGCAACAAAAACUGCUGGAUUGGAGGCCGGAGAAGAAAGAGGGCACUGUCCGCCUACGGCAUGAGCGCGUCAUAAUGAUCAGGAACAUGUUCCACCCAAAAGACUUUGAGGAAGACCCCUUAGUGCUCAAUGAGAUCAGAGAAGAUCUUCGGACAGAAUGUGAAAAGUUUGGACAAGUAAAGAAAGUCAUCAUCUUUGAUAGGCACCCGGAUGGUGUCGCAUCUGUGUCCUUUAAAGAGGCAGAGGAGGCCGAUGUCUGUAAACAGGCACUCCACGGGCGAUGGUUUGGCGGGCGUCAGCUGUGUGUGGAAACGUGGGACGGUGUAACGGACUAUCAGGUUGAAGAGACUGCAAGAGAAAGGGAAGAGAGACUGAAGGGGUGGCAAGCGUUCUUGGGCGAUCCUGCCACAGAGACGCCAAAAGCCACUUCAGAGGCAGAUUCUUCAGAAACUGGCGUCCAGCUGCCUGUUGGAACUCAGCCGUCUAAAGAUAACGGUGCAUCUGAGGGUGUUCCAAAGGAUAAAGUAGCUGAAAGAGAAGAUAACGGGGAAGGCGCUGACGAAGACGCUGCAGCAUCCACGGACAGCAGCGUUGCAGGGAGUGAUGAGGAAGCAGAGACAUAACGCUGUCAACUCCUUUUGUAAAAGCAUGUAUGUAGGGUAACUUUUAGACCUCUGUUAUCCUGUGCUUUGGAACAACUGCAGGCAGCAUAAAAAUGAAUAUAACCAUUACCUUAUUAGAAUGUCAUCAAGUGUGCUUUUUGAGGUAUUUCAUUAAAAGCAGUAUUUAAUGACUAUCUUAAAAAACAAAUAAUUAUUCAUAUCUGGCUGCUGUUCAAGCUGUGUGUGUCCUAAGUUGCCAAGAGCCCUGCUGAGCUGACCAGCUGUCUCACGUUGUAUCUUUACCUGUCCAGAGUCCAUCGACGUAGUAGAUACAAACUUGCAGCUCCCAUUAACUACACACAAACCUUUUAGAAGUACAGAAGUAUGAAUGCUUUUCAGUGUUUGCUUUGAUCCCCUUCCCGCCCCAACCUCCUGGUACUCUUCCUGUAUGGGAUAAUCUUUACCAUCCGUGGAUCAGCUGGUUUUCCUGCUACUAGUCGUUUUAAAAUAACAGAUCAUUGAGGAUGCAGUGUUGACCCUCUGAAUGCAUUGCUUGGGGGUGUAAGAGCAGUAUCGCACUGUCAUUAAGAAAGAUUAAUGAGGUAUUCUGGAAGUGACAUCCUGGUAUAUGAAGUUCUUCGGCUCCAGUCCUGCACUAAUUUGCUUGGGUGUGAGUUUAUCGUGAAGGCUAGAUGACAAAUUGGAGGGGGGUGGGUGGGAUGUAAAUAAAAUUAACUCUAAUCUUUGUUUUAAAAUUUUUGUUGGAUUCAUAUUGAAAACAUGCAGAGAGCUUGUGUGUUGGAAGUGUGAUCUCUUUUUGUAUUACUGUGUUCAAAUAUAGUUCAGUUUCAGGCAUUUGUCAAGGGUGAUGAGUAUAUGAAGCCUGUUCUUUUUAUACUUGGAUUGACUACCAGAGAGUCUACAAAUAAAAUUGUCUUGAGAUUCACUCCCAAAAUUGUUGCGCAAAUUUCUAAAUAUAGGGAGACCUGUUUUUCCCUGAAGAUAGCUAUUCAGUAGUUGCAAAUGUUUUUUUUAAAAAGAGAACCAGUCCAUGACUUUCAGAAUAUUGUGUCUGUCAGUGACAUUAAUGAGGUAUCUCAAUAUUGGGGCCAGGCUAGAACAGGGAACCCUCAACUGUGAGGAGCUAGAGUAUCUUUGGGGGCAAGAAGUGUUCCUAGGUUCUGGGCUGGCUCUCUCUCAGUCCAGAUUGGUCAUUGGGCCCUCCAAAACAGGAAGAGCUGUAAAGACUUCCUGUUCCUAGCUCGUCCCCUGACUUCCUGACUCCUUGGCUCAACCCUAACACUCAAUUGGUAUCUGACUGUUUUUCUUUACAAGUCUUCUAUAUCCACAGGAGAAACCUAGCUGUGCAGCACUACUGAAAAGCAGACCACCUCCCCCCGUGUUCUUUUGUACAAUAAAGGCAUUUAUCUGUUUGUGUCUGCAA